AUGGCGCCCGCUCUCACAGACUCUCUGCCAACGGCACCUCACAAGUUGUCAGCCCCGCUGGACAUCUUCCCUGAUGGCCUCAGAACCACUGGCCAGCAUCCUCCUAUCUACGAAGAGAUUCGCCCCUUCGACAAGUUCCCCCGUCAGAUCACUGGUCCAACGGUAUGGAAGGCGGAGGACUACCGCGAGCACCCCGAAAAGUGGACACAUAGGUUCACUCCCGAGCAGAUCGAGGAGCUGAGCGCAGCGUCAGAUGCGUUCCUUGCAUCCAAGACCCCUAUGACCGGCAUUUCCAAGAGCAACUUCCGCCUUCCCAAGUUGGCAGACUAUCUUGAAACCCUACGCCUUGACCUCAUUGAUGGAAAAGGCUUCAUUCUGUUCAAGGGCUUCCCCGUCGAGAAAUGGGGUAAUCACAAGUCCGCCGUCGCCUACAUGGGCCUCGGUACCUACCUGGGCUACUUUGUCAGCCAGAACAGCCGCGGCCACGUUCUCGGUCACGUCAAGGAUCUCGGCGAGGAUUCCGCCCAGAUUGACAAAGUGCGCAUCUAUCGCACGAACGCUCGUCAAUUCUUCCACGCCGAUGACUCCGACAUCGUCGGCCUCCUCUGCGUCCACCGCGCCCUCGAAGGUGGUGAGUCAGACAUUGUCUCCUCCCACAAUGUCUACAACACUCUAGCCCUCGAACGCCCGGACGUCCUCAAGACCCUAACCGAACCAAUUUGGUACGUCGACCGCAAGGGCGAGACAAGUGUUGGACAAGAAGAGUUCAUCCGCACGAGCGUCGUCUACCUCGAGCGCGGCGGAAAUGGCCGCGUCUACACAAAAUGGGACCCGUACUAUAACGAAGCAUUGAAGGUUCUCGAGGAGGUCUGCAACAGACUUAGUUUACACAUGAUUCUUGAGGUCGGCGAUAUUCAGUUCCUGGCGAAUUCGCAUAUUUUGCAUGCUAGGACUGCAUAUGUGGACCAUGCGCCGCCAGUGCCUAGACGGCAUCUGAUGCGGCUUUGGUUGGCGACGCCUGAGCACGAAGGUGGUUGGAAAUUGCCCUUCUGGGAUAGUAAUGAGAAGAAGAGAGGCGGGAUUCAGGUUGAUGACCAGCCGCCUGUAGCACCGCUUGAUGCGGAGUAA